UGGGGUGGAGGUGAGCGGGCCGGGUGUAGGGAAGAGCUGGGAUGGUGUCUGAUUCAGUCUGCAAUGGCAGUGGGAGGAAAAAAUGGGGUGGAUCAUUGAGGGACACGUAGGAACCUGUAGCUGAUGUCCCACUGCCCUCGGGUAGCUAAACCCUGAGAGCAAGGGGAGCUCUGCUGGUCUCCUGGCAGUGAGACUCCUGUACAGACGCGAUCGACUGAAGGACUCGAGGGGAAGACUGACUCCUUCUGCUUUACUGUUGCACUGGCUGGAGUUGCUUCUGGGGAGAGCCGUGAGCUUGGGGAAGGUCUCCCAUUGAUUGUAAGUGAUGAUGGAUCAGGCCUCUUGGAAGCACGAGUGUUCGAGGAGCGAUGUAUCCCCUCCAGCCCAUCUGCUUUUCUUGCUGCUAACAGCCUGCUGGCAAGCGCUGGGUGUAAAGGGGAGAGAUCACUUUCUCCUGGGGGAGAAGGCAGAGGGGAAAACCAAAGGGAGGGUAAAUCAUGGAGAUAGCUAUGGCACCAGUAGCUUUGUUAGAUCAGCUCCAGCUUCCCUGGGCUUCUUUCUUUAUUGCAUGGGGAAAAAGCAGCUUUUUUCCCCAGUCCCUGAGACAGUGCUGGGGACUGUCCCGUGCCAGUAAAACCCUCUCUCUGUCCUCAGCAGCUCACAAUCUAAAGCCCUGAUCAUGGAGGGAUUUACUAGCAUGCUUGGCUGUUCUCUGCAGCCGUCCCACAGGCUAAUUAACUUCAGGCAACCUAGAAAGGGUCGAAAUGAGUCUCUAGAAGACUGAGUUACGUUUGGAGGACUGAUACGGCACAAUUAGUCAAGGCACUUUCCUUUAUUUCAGACGUGCAGGAACAAGGGCUUUUGGAAGAUGGGGGACCCUUGAUUGUGUAUCCCUAGACCAGUGAUUUUCCACCAGAGUCAUGCAGCACACCCCCGCUAGGUGUUUGCACACAACUCUCAAGAUAAACCCAAGAGAUUUCAAACAGGAAUCCGCAGUGUCCAAAACAUCCUGACCUACUGGAGCCAUUGUGAGCUGUUUGCAAUGGAAGAAAUUGCUCUAUCUUUUUUUCUGUAGUCAAGAAACAAGUGAAAGCUGAGGCUGGUGUUUUCCAAAGUGGGCCUCAAGUCUGAGAACUGCUGCUCAAGCGCUGUACUGGCACCGGUAUCUUGCUCUGAAAAGCCUUGUCACGACAGCAGCCGCUCUUUCAUAUUUAUCAGAGGUGCUAUUUGGUGGCUGGUUGCAGGUAAAAGCUUUAAAAGCGCCUAAGGCAGAUAAGGGUCUGGGUAAAUUAAAUCUUUUAUUAGACCAACUCAAACAGAAGAAUUUUUCCAACUGUCUGAGUUGGUCUAAUAAGAGAUCUCAGAUUUACUCAAAGAACCUUGUCUUUCUAUGUCCUUACACCAACAUGGCAACAACCAGCACACUUUAAAAGCAAACAGGGCUCCAACCAACACCCUUUAAAAGCACCUAAGUGAUUUAGGAGCCUUAUGCACACUUUUAAAAAUGAUGGGAGUGCUUCAAUGAGAUUGAAAGGGGGUGGAGGAACUCACCCCGAAUCUCCUCUUCCUCUCUUGUAGCAUGAUCUUGCUGCCUUUAUCUCACCGGAUCACUCUUCACUCAAUUUUGUGUCUGAGGAAGGGCAGGUUGGAGAAAGAGAGAGGUCUCCCCAUCUCCCCCUCACCACAAAAAUACAGUUUGGGAUUUAGGGCUUUAUUUCACUGGGAAUCUUCAGGGUGGAUUUGAACCCUGGCAGCUUUUCCUUCCCCUCUUUGGCAGGAGAGUUUGGCAGAUCACAGAAACAGAACGGGUUGAGGAAAUACCCUGAAACAUCUGUCCAAACCGAAGCAGCAGCAGUCCUAACCUGUCCCCAGGACAGUGAUCCAGCCGUCUCCACAUGAUCCAAAGGGGUCUCGGGCCCGGGAGCACUUGGCCUCAGCCUUGAAUUCAGGAACAGGCCAUCGGGUUUCCUGAGGACUCGCUUUAGUAGCCUGCCACGGAUGGUGAUUAGCCAGCUUGUGGCGUGAUCAUCCUAGCUGCUAAUGAGCUUAAAGCAGGGCAGCAGCCUGUCAGGGGGCUUUAUGUAAAGGGCUGAGGGCUGGCGGGACAAAGCUCCCAGCGGCCCGGCCCCUGCCCUGGGUUACCAGGAGAAGGAACGAAGUGUGGCAAUGCUAGAGCAAGCUGCACCUUCCUCCUCCCGCAGUGCCCUAAACCGGGCUGCCGGAGGCAUUUCCCGCCCCACAACGGCGUGCGCUGAGCUCUAUAGUAACGCGGCCCUGGAAAAGGAAACGCCGCUCUGUUGACUCGCGAACAAUGGGCCUGGACCGGUUCCACUGAGCGCCGCGGGCAGCACCAGCCUCUGAGCCCUUUCUGCCUGCGUGCCCAGCACCUGCGAGCAGAGCUCGGGGUAGGUGAAGCUGCUGUUCCUCUACGGCGGCGGAGAGAUUCAAUCCGGCUCAGGUGUGCGGUGCUUUCCAAAGGGCCCCGGGGGUGCAAUUUGAGGACUUCCUGGAGUCGUAGGGUUAGGAGACCCCCUCUGACGACCGCUGUUCGUUUACUUUGCUCUCUUAUUAAUGCUGCUCCUGGAGGCAAAGCCCUGGCUGUCACCAGCUCUCUUUCUGCUGGGUAUCCCACUCGCUGAAGAGGGGAACGUGUCCACCCCUUGGAGGAUGGCCCCGGGGCACGAGCCAUCCCUGGUGAAUGGUGCAUAUGUUGGGGGUUGUCGUGUGCUGGGGAUUUAGGCCCCUCGGGUACAGUAGAAGAGAAGGGCAUGGGACGGGUAAGUCAGGACCAGCGCAUCCAGUGCUCUUGGCUGUUACCUGAUUGGACCCCUUGAGCGGUUUCUGAGCAUCUGGUUUAUCGAGUGGCAUAACCAGGUUCACCCGAAUCGUUCUGCGGCAGGUGAUCAGCACGAAGGAGCUGCAUUUACACUACAGGCCACGUGGUCCUGGGCACCUGGCUUUGGGCAUCCUUGUUUCGUGGGUGCAAUGUAUUGACGAAGCCUGAACUGAGCCAGCGUUCGCCCUGUUGCUAGCACAGCUGCUGGAAACCUGGUGGCCCAGGCAAGAUGAGCUGAGAUCCACCAGCAAUCUCUCUUGUGCCGGCGCUGGACUUGGGGGGGUGUCUUAACUUGCGAGCUGGAUCAAGAAGUGACUGAAGCAGUGCACCCUCGGGGAGCAGCCAGUACAGGAAGGGCCAUGCGCUAGGGCUGGUGCUGUUCCCCCUGCAGCUGCUUUCCCAGGGGAGAGGGGCACAGUCACAGCCCAUGGAAAGUUUUUUGCUCUGCCAGAUGCACCCUCCUUAGCUCAGCUCCAAGUGGGAGCACCUGGCUCUGGCAUCCGCCUCACCUGAGCAUCAGUGGAGUCUGUCUCUUGGCUCCUGCAAUGCAGGGGAGCCCCCUGCUCUCCCUGCAGCCAACCAGCGUGCUGGGUCGGAGCUGGGGGUGCUCCGGAGAUGCCCAUUAGGACCCAGUGCUCCCAGGCUGCCCUGGAUGCAGAGGCUGGGCCUGCAGCCCCAGGGGGGAGCUGGAGGUGAGCCAGGGACUGGCUGCGAUGGUGCUCGGGGAACUGAGCUCCUGUGUGGAGGGCGGCACUGCAGCAAGGUCCUGCCCCAGCAGACACCGAUCUCCCCCUUCCUUCCUCCCUAUCCCCCUUUCCCACCUACUGCUGAGGCUCCAAAGCUGCCUGGGGUGGGCAGGACCCUUCCUCCCCCUGUGCCCCCUUCCAUGCCCUCCCUGCAAUGAGGGUGUUUGGGUUGCCUGUGCAGAGAGAGGCUGGCAUAGAAGUGGAGGGGCUUGCAGUAGGGGAGCAGAUGCCUAUGUUUGCCCUACAUAGGGUAUUCCCAUGCCAGGCUCUUGUGAGCAUGGUGGAUUGUAACCCCAGCCCAGCAGCCUGGAUCAAAGUGCCUGCCUAGAAAUACCCUCCCCUACUUGCAGCAAUAGAUGCCUGUCCCGACAGCCCUGCAGGAGCAGAGGGCAGAAUCCAGCCCCCACUAGCUCUUAUGCCUUGUUAACAGAAACAUCUGCCAAGUGUCCAUCCCUUCCCCCUGCCCAAACCUGCCGCAGUUGGCCAGGCUGGCGCAGGGACUGUGGUGUCCUUCCGUUGUCUGGAUGCAGCCCAGCCACGUAGUCGUCGUGCUCUUGUUUCCUGCAUCAGGGUUGGGUCUGGGUACCGCUGAUCUCACUCGUGUUGGUUCGGAUGCUCCAUCCUUGUGUUGUCCUGUGCACCAAAGCAUUUCUGUAAAACCUGCCUUUCCGAUCCAGUAGUAUCUCGCUUGCUUGGGGGAGAACCCCGGUUUGCCUGCCCGGGGUGCUGCGUGGCUCGGUAGCUCGUUAGAAGUUUAUGGACUUGAGCUUAGCUUUGCUUGGGAUGAGUUUGGAGGACAGGGGCCUAUGCAAAACAAGCUUUUACUGGCCAGGCAGAAUUAUGCCCUCUUGUACCGUGAGCCAGCUGGGCCUGGGAGACGAGGCUUUGAGCUGAGAGCUGACCUGGCACCAAAGCUGUCGGAGCUGGGUUGGAAAUGCACUCUCCUCCUCUUCUCCUCUGGUCCGUGCACUGCAGAUGUGUAUGUUCGGUCCAGGCAGCAGUCUGUCCGCCUCUUUGAGAGGCCAGGGUUUUCUAGGGCGGUAUCUUGUUGGGUUUUCUAGCAAGCUGCUCCAGCAUCGGGGGGGUUGUCUUUUGCAGCCCCUGCCUAGUAGGCACCUGGUCAAGUGUGAAUCUGGAUUCGCCUCUAGCAAUGGAAAGGGAGCCACCGAUCCCAGGCUGCCUGUGGGGAUCCUAGGUGCUGCGAGGGGCUGCAGCUCUGCUACUGCAUCCCCUUCCCCAGCCUCUUGGCCUCUCUGACGGCUUCUCGGCCUCUCCCAGCCCCUGGUGUUAUGGAGGACCCCUGCAAACGUCUCAGCAUCUGCUCGUAAUGGCCUUGUGCCUCGUGCAGCCGUGGCUGUUGGCAGGUCCAGAGCUGGUUGCUCCGCUCCGACCAGCAAAGACAAAACGAAGCCGAGUCUGGCUAGCUCCACGGGAGCGGACGAAAAGGAGCUGCUCUUUACUCCAGGCCAAAUUCUGGCAGCUGAUGUUACCAUCAGUUGGCAAAUGGAGUAAAACCCAGGCUCCUCCGUGCUCUCGAACCCGACUUGCUAGCCGACUUGUCCAGUGCUUGGUCCAGCGGGGCUGUCAGCAGCAGCUGCUUCGGGAAGGCUGAAGAGCAGGAGAGAUGCUGGAGCUACCUCUGCAGCCUCGGGACGGCGGCUUUUUAUCAGAAGCUUUUCUUUGCAACCGGCAGAGCAUUUCCCAUUUUGAAAGCAGCCUUUCUGCAGGAGCUGAUCAUCCCCGUUCGCUCAGCUCUGUCUCCCUGGACCCUGCUUGUCAGUGUUAUUACCCGAGGGAGAAAGCCGCUCAGUCGCUGCUUCUCACCAUCUGCAUCUUGGAGAUGGGGUCAUUUCUUGGGUUUGGAUAAGGGGUGCAGGCAGCUCAGGACCUGCCUGGCCAUUCAGAAACGUAGCGAGGGAGCUCUGCUUUUGCACCGGUUCAUCCAAGCAGCUAUAAUGCGGGCACAGGGCUGGCUGGCCUGCCUUGAAGCCAGCGCUCAUCUCAUCCAGCCUCCUCCUGUCCCUGAUAGCAGCCAGCACCCACGGCAUCAGAGGAAGGUGAGAGAGGAGGGUUAUCGGUCUCUAACCCCAGCUGAUGCUUUCUGCUCUCGGCAUCCAGGAAAACCCCAUUUGAAUGGUGUCAAGCUCUCGGCUUCGGUCCAUCGCUCGUCCUGGGUUUUAAAAGCGGCUGAUGAAUGCAAUUGCUGUUCCACCUUCUGCAUUUCUCCAGGCUGUCCGGCAGGAAGGCAGGGCCACAUCCGUCCCCUUUCUGGAGGGAAGCAGGGCGCCUCUAGGACCAGGCAGCUCGAAGGCGAUGGAAAUGAAUGAGAUCUCCAGGAAAGGGAGGGAAUCUGCUGUCGGGCCGCCCCUGCUCCCAGCCAUUGGUCGAGUGGGGGUGGAGAGGAUCUCUUUCUAAUCCCGCUUGUUGUGCAGCCGCAAUUGUGUGCAUCUAGGAGCCUUUCUCCCAGCUUGGCCCAGGCUCCGCGGCCUUAAGCGACUCUUUAGAAAGAACCGGGAAACCCCCCGGACCCGCUGGAGAAAGGGGAGCGGAGGGCACGGCUCCCGCAAAGCACCCCCAGGGAAGGAGCCUGGGGUUGGCCCCAUGGAGACUGCUUGGCUGAGCCGGGGAAGGCGGCUUGGAUCCCCAGGGGAGGAGUGAUGGGGCUCUAGGACUCUCUCCCACUGCCCCGGGACCCCCAUGAGCACCCCGGAGCCUGCGGCGGACCCCGAGCUGAGACUGGAGGCAGUGAUUCAGAAGCUGGAGAGCAGCGUGCUGACCUCUGGGGAAGGGAAAAGCCUCGCCGUCCGGGGCACCUCCAAGGACGCGCCACCCACCCGCCUGCCUGCCCGCAUCCGGGAGAUCGUCACCGAGAACCUGUCGGAGCCGCGGGACCAAGCGGCCUCUCCCGCCGAGAUGUCCUCGCUGCUGUCCCUCCAGGAGGAGAACCGCAUCCUGCAGCAGGAGCUGUCGCGUGUCGAGGACCUGCUGGCGCAGAGCCGAGCCGAACGCGAUGAGCUGGCCAUCAAGUACAAUGCCAUCAGCGAGCGGCUGGAGCAGGCCCUGCGGCUGGAGACCGGGGAGCGGGAGCGAGAGUCGCUGGAGAACAAGAGCCUGGCGCAGCAGAACGUGGAGCUGCGGCGCCGUCUGGACGAGGAGCAGGCUGCCUACAAACGCAAGCUCCAGGCCUACCAGGAGGGCCAGCAGCGGCAGGCCCAGCUGGUCCAGAAGCUGCAAGCAAAGGUGCUGCAGUACAAGAAGAAGUGCGGGGAGGUGGAGCAGCAGCUGCUGGAGAAGUCCACGGAGCUGGAGCAGCAAAGACUCACGAGCCAGCUGGACAUGACGGACUCACGCCUGUGCCUGGAGGAGGAGCACAGCAACGACCUGGAGAAUGCGCUCAUCCGCCUGGAAGAGGAGCAGCAAAGGAGUGCCAGCUUGGCUCAGGUCAAUGCCAUGCUGCGGGAGCAGCUGGACCAGGCCAACACGGCCAACCAGGCCCUCAGCGAGGACAUCCGGAAGCUGACGGCCGACUGGACCAAAGCCCGUGACGAGCUGGAGCAGCGGGAGGUGGAGUGGCGCCGAGAGGAGGAGUCGUUCAACACCUACUUCAGCAACGAGCACAGCCGGCUGCUGACCCUCUGGAGAAAGGUCGUGGGCUUCCGGCGGCACUUCAGCGAGAUGAAGACCAUGACUGAGAGGGACCUGUCGGAGCUGAGCAGCCAGGUGUCCAAGGCCAGCCGCACCAUCCACGCCUCCUGCCUCAACCUGAGCAGCAACCUGCGCUUGUCGGAGAGCAGCGCCGGCGCGGCCCUGGAGAAGCAGGCCCUGCUGCUGGCCCAGAUAGAGGAGCAGCUCAAGGACAAGGUGCGCGACAUGAUCCAGCUGCAGGUCAAGUGCGACAUGGAGAAGGCAGAGCUCAGCGCCAGAGUCACAGAGCUGUCAGCAAUGGUGGAGAGCUUGAAAACCCAAAAUGCAGAGAAGGAGAAGGCGGCGGAGGCCCUGACUCAGAAGCUGGAGACCCUGGAGGCUGCUCGGGCGCAGGAGCAGGCGGUGCUGGAGGCCGAGGAGAUCGAGGCCUUGCGAACAGAGUCGGAGCUGCUGCAGCAGACGCUGCGGGACCUGGCGCAGGCUGUCCUCUCGGACACGGACAGCGCCAUCCAGCUCACCGGCACUGAGCGCACGCCAGACGCCUCGGACAGCGAGGCCACGGGGCUCAGCCUGCGGGGCCUGUCGUCCAGUCUGCGCACCCCGUCCCCGCUCCGGCGCUCCUCCCCACGCCGGAGCCUCUCCGACUCCACCUUGGCGGCCGUGCACUCCGCGCUGCAAAAGAGGCAGCUCCAGGUGCAGGACAUUCGGAGCAAGUACGAAGCCAGCCAAGACCUGGUGAGCUCCCUGCGGAGACAGCUGGGUGAGAGCGACGGCGAGCGGCGCUCGCUGGAGCAGAAGAUCUUGCAGCUGAAGGACGAGGUGGACUGCUCUUCCAGAGCCAGGGAGGACGCCCAGCAGGAUGUCGGCCGCUUCCGUGCCUCAGUUGACCUCCUGGGCAGUGAGAAGAGUGCCCUGGAGAGGAGCCUGCAGGCCCUCCAGCAGCACGUCGAGUCCCUGCGGCAGGAGAACGAGAAGCUGCAGCUGGCCAACGCCGACCUGCAGCGCCAGCGCGACAACCUGGAGGACGAGAAGGACGACGUGGCUAAGGACAAGGACCGGGCGCAGAAGGAGGUGGAGAGAGGUCACAAGCAGCUGGAACAGCUGGAAGUGAAGAAAUCCAGCCUGAAGAAGGAGCUCAUCCUCGUUAAGGAAACCCUGAACAGGGCCACCUUGGAGAAGGAGGUGUCUGAGAACGAGAAGGUGGGGCUGGAGGAGGCUCUUUCCAAGGCGGAGGUGAGCCGGGCCGAGCUGGAGCUCGCCAUCAACAAGCUGAAGGCGGAGGAGGCUUCUCUGCGCGACUCGCUAUCCAAGAUGAGCUCCCUGAAUGAGGGCUUGGCCCAAGAUAAAACCGAGCUCAACAGGAUCCUCAUACAGCUGGAGGAGGAGAAGGUGGCCUUGCUGGAGCAGAAGCAGGGGGUGGAGCAGGAGAAGAUCUCGCUCCGCGAGGAGCUGGUGCGGCUGGAGCAGGAGAAGCUGGACCUGGCCACGCAGAAGCAGGGGCUGGGCCGUUCGCUGCAGGCGGCAGAGCAGAGCCGGGACAAGCUGGAGCGAGACCUGCUGGUGCUGCAGCGGGAGAGGGGGCAGCUGCAGGAGCAGCUGGGGCAGCUGUCCCGCCAGAAGACGGCAGCGAGCGAGGAGCUGGCGCAGGCACGGAGGGAGCAGGAUAGGCACGGCGAAGCCUUGCUGCGUGCCGCCAAGGAGAAGGAGGGGCUGAUGAAGGAGAAGGCCAGCCUGGCAGUGCAGCUGACGGCCUCGGAGCGGGAGAACAGGGGGCUGGCCGAGGAGAUCGCUGGGCUCAGGUCGGAGAAGGAUGCCUUGGAGACCACGCUGUUCGAGAUCCAGCAGCAGCUCUCCCAGCUGGCCACGCGCAAGGAGCAGCUGGAGGCAGACAACCAGGCCCUGUUCCUGGCCAAGGAGACGCUGCAGGUGGAGAUGGCCGGCACCCGGAAGCAGCUGGAGGCAGACGUGACCCGGCUGGAGCGGGACAAGGAGCUCUUGGCUCAGAAGCUGUCUCAGACGGAGCAGGAGGCCCAGGUCACGCUGAGGAACAAGCAGGCGGCUCACGAGGAGGACAUGGAUCGUCUCCAGAGGGAGAAGGAGACGCAGCGCCUGGAGCUGGAGGCGGAGAAGGAGGAGGCGCUGCACCGCCUGGUCCAGGAGCGGGACGAGCUGCUGGCCCGCUACGAGGCAGAGAAGGAGGAGCUGAGCGAGGAGAUCGCGGCGCUGCAGCAGGAGCGGGAUGAGAGCCUUCUGCUGGCGGAGAACGAGAAGCAGCAGGCCCUGUCUCUUAAGGAGUCGGAGAAGACCAUCCUGUCGGAGAAGCUGACCGGCGUUCAGCAGAGCCUCGCCGGCGUCACCCUGGAGAUGGAGCGGCAGAAGCGAGAUGCCAUGAGCCGGCAGGAGCAGGACAGGAGCACCAUCAACGGCCUGACCUCGGAGCUGAAGAACCUGCGGGCACGGUUCGAGGAAGCCAUCGCGGCCCACGAGCGGGAGGUAAAGGGCUUGCACGAACAGGCCAAGGACCUGAGCAGGCAGCGAGAGAGCAGCGUCCGGGAGGUGGAGGAGCUGAAGACGCAGCUGCGCAUGGUGGAGGAUGCUCGGGACGGCAUCCGCCGGGACCUGAUCGAGGCUCACCGCAAGGUGCGGGAGAGUCUGGAGGGCCACGAGCUGCAGCGGAAGGAGAUCCAGGACCUGCGGCGCAGCCUGAGCGACGAGGCCAAGGAGAAGGAGGCAAUGCAGCACUCCAACCAGGAGCUGCGGGCCGCUGUGAAGCGAGCGGAGAGCGACCGCAUCAGCUUGAAGCGGGCCAACGAGGAGAAGGAGCAGAAGAUGUCCAUCCUGGAAGAAGCUCGGGCCGCGGUGGGCAAGGAGGCCGCCGACCUGAGGAGCAGCCUGCAGGAGGUGGAGCGGUCGCGGCUGGAGGCCCGCAGGGAGCUGCAGGAGCUGCGCAGACAGAUCAAGAUGCUGGACAGCGAGAACACCAAGAAGAGCAAGGAGGUGGCUGAGCUGCAGGCCCGGGUGGCCGUGGAUGAGCAGAGGGAGGAGGAGACCCGGCGGGAGUCCUUCGGCCUCAAGCAGAAGAUCGUGGAGAGCGAAGCCAGCAGGGAGUCUGCCAAGAAAGAGCUCCACAACCUGCAGCGCAAGCUGUCGGAGGUGGAGGGCGAUUUCCGCCUGCGGGAGAAGGACCUGCUGGGCAGCCUGGAGGAGGCCCGCGGCAAUGAGAAGAAGCUGCUGGACAACGCCCGCAACCUGGAGAUCAAGCUGGACAACGCGCAGGCCGAGGCUUCGGAGCUGAGCCUGCGCCUGAGCGCCGCCGAGGGCCGCGUCCACGGCUUGGAGGCCGAGCUGGUGCGCGUGGAGGGGCUGAAACGGGACGUGGAGUUCAAGCUGGGCAGCCUGCACUCGGCCCUGCGGCGCACCAUGGGCGUCAGCCGUGGGGGCCGAGCCCCCAGCCCCGCCAUCCGGGGCCGCAGCAGCUCCCCAAAGAGACUCUUCUCUCCCCCCAGAGCAGGGCCUUUGGUGUCCGUCCCUCCAGGCGAUGCUGCUUCCAGCCCCACGGAUGGACACGCCAGCCCCAUGCCGCAGGCGGGCAGCCCUGGCUCCCGCCCCCUCUCCCCGGAGCGCCCCUUCUCCCCCAGCCGCAGCGAGCAGCUGGUGGCGGAUAUCGACCCCGACGUGGUGCGGGCGGCCCUCCGGGACUUCCUGCAGGAGCUGCGGGAGACACAGCGAGAGCGGGACGACCUGCGGGCCCGCCUGAGCAGCCUGACCCGGCAGCUGGCGGAGAUGGAGUCGGACCGGGACAGCGCCAGCGCGCGAGUGCAGCAUCUGCAGAAGCUGGUGGCUGAGAGUGAGGAAGGGAGACGUGGCAUGGACGGCAAGCUGAGCAGCGCCCAGACUGCCCUGAUGCUGCAGGAAGAGACCCUCCGGCGCAACGACCGGGAGCGCAAGGCCUUGCUGGACAAGGUGGCAACACUGGAGCGAAGCCUCCAGUCGGCAGACAGCGAGCGCCGGACCACGCAGGAGAAGAUCACCAAGAUGAAGGCCAACGAGGCCAAGCUGGAGGCCGACAAGCGGCGCCUAAAGGAGAUCCUGGAUGCAGCCGAGAGCCGCUGCACCAAGGUGGAGCUGCUGCGGCGCUCGCUGGAUGGGGAGCUGCAGAGGAUGAAGCUGGUGCUGAGCGACCGCGAGAUGGAGAUCCAGGUGCUGCAGGAUCGCGGCGACAUGCUGCAGAGACAGGUGACUGACAGUGAGAUGAAGGCCAGCGCCCUGCAGAUGUCUGUGGACCGACUGACCCUGACGCUAGGGAAGGCUGAGGAGAGCGAGAGCUCCCUGAAGGACAAGGUGCAAAGCCUGUCGGCCGCUUUGACCGAGAGCAGCGCCGGCACAGACUCGGCCGAGGAGAAGGUGUUGCAGCUGCAGAAGGCGCUGACCGCCAGCGAGCACGACCGUCGAGUGCUCCAGGAGCGGCUGGAUGCUGCUCGCCAGGCGGUCUCCGAAGCCAAGAAGCAGAACGGCACGCUGGCCGACCGCAUCCAGGGUCUGAAGACCGAGCAGGCUGAGCUGGAGCUGCAGAAGGAGGAGCUGGAAGGUCAGGUGCGGCAGCAGCAGGAGCUGCUGCGCCAGCGCCAGGAGGGUGAGAGCUUGGCCUUGCGGGGCCAGCAGAAGCUGCAGGAGGACAAGCACCUGCUGCAGGAGAGGCUGGGCAGCUUGCAGCGGGCACUGGCCCAGCUGGAGAGUGAGAAGCGGGAGGCCGAGCGCUCCUCCCUGCGCCUGGAGAAGGACAAGACCGCCCUGAAGAAGACCCUGGACAAGGUGGAGCGCGAGAAGCUGAAGACUCGUGAAGACUCGUUGCGGCUGUCGGCGGAGAAGGGUCGACUGGACCGCUCGCUCACCACGGUGGAGCAGGAGCUGGCGGACGCCCAGCGGCAGAUCCAGCUGCUGGAGGCUCAGCUGGCUGAGAUGGAGCAGAGCCAGUCGCAGAGCCUGUUGGAGACGGCCACACGCCACCGCCAGGAGCUGCAGGUGGAGAUCGAGCGCCUGCGCGGCUCCCAGGUCCAGGCCGAACGCACGCUGGAGGCCCGGGAGCGAGCCCACAGGCAGCGCGUGAAAGGCCUGGAGGAGCAGAUCUGCACGCUGAAGGAUCAGCUCCAGCAAGAGCUGCGGCGCUAUCAGCCCCACUACCCGGCUUCCUCCCUCCUUCCCGGGAACUAGGCUCUGUCCCGCUGGCCAGCCGCACCGUGACCCCAGAGAUGUCGGUGCUGCGCCCCUUCCUGCGGUGCCAGCACGGAGGCUGGUUGGUACGGACGGGGUCAGUCCCAGCGGAUCCCUGGUCAGGUACCAAGGGGCCGUAGCCGUUGCUGGGACCCUUUCACAUUGCUAACUUGCCUUCUCUGUCGUGCGUCUCAUACAGAAGCACGAUGAGGAAAGCUGGGACUCAUCUGCAGUCACGGGAUUCACUGUGGGCCCCAUUUCCAGACGUGCUGAGCACCCACAACUUGAAGGACAGUCGGUGGGAGCUACAGGCGCUCAGCACCUGAGAGUCAGGCCCUGCAUGUUGUCACCUGUGGCUGGAAAGAUGCUCUUAGAGGGUGGUGGUCACCACUCUGAGCUGGGGCUACGUAAGCAGCCACCGCUAUUUGGCAGCGAUGGAGCAUGUCAGUCCAGAGCAGGGCCGGGGGGCUCCUGUGCUCGGUUCUUGGUGCCAAUACAUGUGAGUCUGGGCAAGUCCCUUUCGCUUUUGUGCCUCACUCAACUGCCCUGAAACAGGGCACGUCGUUGCUGAUCUCACAGAGGCAUUAUGAAGCUUGCUUCGGGCCAGGCCUGAGAUCCUCCCAGCAUUUUGCUAACCCACGAGGUUUGCUCCGAAGCUGAUCAUGUUGACCAGUGAACGGCGGCUGGUUUGCUCUGCAGCUCGUGCCAGGGACUGAAGGCUAGAAAUGCCUUCCUGAAGGAGGUUGUUAUACCAGCCCUAGAAAAAGGACUGGGCUUUUGCAGGAAGCUGGAGGUUUCUCCUUCUGCAUCACUGGCAGCAACAUUUUUGGAGGAAGAACCAGCAUCUCUCCCUGCUCGCGUCCGUGCUCUUGGCGCAACUGCCUGAACAGACCAGCAAGCAGCACUGGUGCACGGGCAAGGUGGACUCCACGUCUCUCUGCCCUGCAGCACCUGACACUAAAAACCCGAGCCGAUCGUAAGGCUGCAUUUUUACCACUUCCUUCCUAGAACCACGAUCAGCACGGCCCAUCCGAGGCCCUGACUUGAAAAAGCUCAAGGGUGCUGCUCUGAGCGUCCUCUGCUGAGCAGCGGUGUUUAAAUCCUGGUUGCCGGCACGAGGCUUUUUUCUAUGUCUGUGUCGUCUUGUUUUUUAAAGUGACCAAGUUUUUUCUAACCAAAAUUUCCUAUUUUUUUGGCUUUUGUGUAACCGUUAAUCCCAACCUGUAGAGCUAUUUUUAUAUUGAUGCCUUCCGGGUAGAUUUGGACUGUGUGCGUGUGUGGGGGGGGGCGGGGGCUUUGCUCCCUUCCUCCUUGGUGCUGUGGGAACAGCUCAGAAGCCCCUUUGCAUCCCCGUGUCCCCUAAAUUGCACUCACUCACUUCUCUACAAGUGAAGGGAGUGGAGAGACCGACCAGUAACAACUCUGACUCCUCUCUCAGAGACCUUCCCCAGGGGGUUGUACAACCUGGUUUUAUCCAGAGGAAUUUAAGCACAAUCAAGCACGUGAAAGAGGCUGUUUCCAGCCAGCUCCCAACCUCCUCCCAACCACCGGUCUUCGUGAGCUGCACGUGGUCCAAUGUAGCAUUAAAACAGGGGAAAACAGA